AUCUCAUAGUUAUUUCUAUCGUAUCAAGGUCAAAAAAAUCUCUAGAUAUUUAUCACGCGCGUACCAAAACAACGCAACAUAACCUGCAUGACAGCUGACUAUUAAAAAAAUAUUUAAUAUGACUCCGAAUGACGCCAAGUGAUUUCAACAAAGGUUUUUAGUAAAUGAAACGUUUGUAUUUUUAUAAGAUUAAAGAAUAUGUCGAUAAGUAGAAUUUUGAAGUUUGCAAUUGAAAUAGCAAGCUAUGAAGCUCGAAUUACAUAUAAAUGUUCCUAUGCAGUAAUUCGUUCUGCAAAAAAUAUUGUUACAUCUAUAUCAAGACAAGGAGUAAGAAAUCACUCGACCACUGGGAAUACAAGUAAAUUUCAAACGAGCGAAAGUUCAUGGAUAGCAUAUGUACGCAGGUGGCAGUGGAAAGUCCAACUUGGGCUCAGCAUUUCUUUAUUAGCCGUAUUACAAUGGAGAUAUUUUAGAAGAAGAAAUGAAGUCAAUAAAGGACCCAUAGAGGGAUUAAUGGUUGAAUGUUAUUGUUUAUUACCUCUACGAAUCACAAGCAGAGUCUGGGGUGGCUUUGCAAGUUUGGAGCUGCCAGUUUCUCUACGAUCAACAAUUUAUAGCUUUUAUGCAAAACUUUUCAAAGCAAAUUUAGACGAAGUCGAUGUAUCUUUAACGGAAUUUCCCAGCCUUUCAGAUUUUUUUGUCAGACCACUUAAGCCAAAUGCUCGGAUUAUUGCUCAAAACACAAGUAUGGUAUCGCCUUCGGAUGGCAAGAUCUUGCAUUUUGGGCCAGUUACAUCGUGCAAAGUGGAACAAGUCAAAGGAAUGACAUAUAAUUUACAGCAUUUCUUAGGUGAACCAAAUUGGCCACAAGUAGACAAUAACAGUAUGGAGCUGAAGACAAGUGUAGACGAUGAUUACGUUAGCAGCUUAUUAAAGAAUCCCGAAAAUAUAUUGUAUCAGCUGACAAUUUAUUUGGCGCCAGGGGAUUACCAUAGAUUCCACAGUGCGGUAGAUUGGACGAUAAAACUACGAAGACACUUUCAAGGCAAGCUACUGAGCGUGAACCCGAGGGUGGCAAGCUGGCUACCGGACCUCUUCUCCUUGAACGAGCGGGUCGUCUACAUUGGCGAGUGGGCGGGCGGCUUCAUGGCGUACACGGCCGUCGGGGCAACCAACGUCGGCUCCAUCCGCGUCUACAAGGACAAGGAGCUCGUGACGAACACGUACAAGUGGCCCGACGGCAAGAGCUCCAAGGACGCGCGCUUCCGCAAUCUCGAGGUAAAGAAGGGCGAGCUCUUCGGUGAAUUCAGAAUGGGCUCGACGAUCGUGCUGCUGUUCGAGGCCCCACGAGAAUUCAACUUCUCCGCGGAGCUCGGGCAGAAGAUCAAGGUUGGCCAAAGCCUGACCGACUCCAAGCUCAAGAAGCGCAGCUUUAGGAACUGACGUGGCUCGAGGACGCGACCGGGCCGCGUUUGUCGCCCGGAGCAACGCGACCGAGCUCGAGAUGAAGCGACGCGGACUUCUAUGUCGCCGCGUCGCGUCUACUACACUCCCAUGUAAUUGUGAGUAAUUGUGUGACGAAUCACUCGCUCAAGGAAUUCAAAAUCGUCUUUACAUGAUCAUUUUGAAAAUCAAAAUUUCUCGAUCGGAUGAGUGGCUUUAAACUUUGCUUUAAAUAUUAUGUGUAUAUGGAGAUUUAUUCGAUUGACAUUUUAUACGCGAUGAAGACUUGGACGAUAGAUAGUUUUAUGAAAACUGUUAUUACUGUAAGAAGAACUUAUUAUAUAAUAUUUUUUAA